CGACAUCAAGGUCACAAUCGUCAUAUCAGUGUACAAAAUUCGGCUCCACCCCCAAUAGAGCACCCUAUGUGCAACAUACACAUGCGCGUCCAGGAUUUUUCUCUCUUUAGCAGUUGGCGCCUUAGAAACGCCAGCGACUGAAGAAGAGGAUUCAGUUGCCGUCCUCUUCUCGAUCUUCUCUUUAUCCCAAUCGGCGCCGCCAUAGCAGCAGCAGCUGCUGCUCGCUCGGUUAUUAGUUACUCCCGAUGAAACCCUAAAUCUCCGCCGCGAAUCCUACAUUCAUUAGGGCUGAGGUCCUGUUGAUUCCCUACCGUUUCGAUGGUCCGGUAGAUUGUUGAUUCCUGAUCGAAUACGUAAUUAGUUUAUCUUAUUCAUUAGUGGAUUCCUACUGUGUUAUGGCGGAUAAGCAAGUGAUUAAGCGUGCUAAGUAUAAGUCGUCGGUCAAGGAUCCCGGGGUUGCCGGUGUUCUCAAAAUGAGUAUAGAGAGAUUUGUUUUCAUGCCUAAUGAUCCAAAAUCAACCACAAAGCUAAACGUGGAGUUUAGGAUGAUUAAAGGGCACAAAUUCACCAAGGAAGGUUCCAGCAAACAAGCCCUGCUUAAUCUUACUCAAGACCAGGGGGGAAAUUACAUUUUUGAGUUUGAUAGUUUUGCUGAUCGUGAUGUAUGCCGGGAAUUUGUUGCUAAUGCUAUUGCAUUUCAUGCUGAAGCUGGAAGAGUGGUCCCUGAUAAAUCUGCUCCUCCUGUUAACAAUGAACAACUUAGCAGGGAAGAAACAGAACGACGAAUUAAGCUACUUCAAGAAAACAGCGAAUUACAGGUACUUCACAAGCAGUUUGUAUAUGGUGGUAUACUGACAGAAGCUGAAUUUUGGGCGACAAGGAAGAAAUUGCUGGACCAGAAUGAUAGCAGAAGGCCAAAACAGCGACUAGCCCUAAAAAAUGAAAUGUGGACUGUGAAACCAUUAUCUGAUGGCCAGACAAACAGAGUGACUUUUAACUUGACACCAGAGAUCAUUCAUCAGAUAUUUGCUGAAAAACCAGCAGUUCGGCAAGCAUAUUUGAAUUUUGUCCCGAACAAGAUGACAGAAAAGGAGUUCUGGACCAAAUAUUCAAGAGCAGAAUACCUCCAUAGUACAAAAAAUGUAGUUGCUGCAGCAGCAGAGGCUGCUGAAGACGAGGAGCUUGCUGUUUUUCUGAAGCGAGAUGAUAUGCUGGCAAACGAAGCUCGUAGAAAAAUCAGGCGUGUUGACCCAACAGUGGACAUGGAAGCUGAUGAAGGCGAUGAUUACAUACAUCUUCCGGAUCGUGGGUUGCUUCAGGACGAGGCCAAGGAUGUUUUGGACUCACAAUAUGAGCCAUACCGAAGAUCCUUCUCGCAAGAUCUGAACCAGCAUGCUGCUGUUGUUCUUCAAGGAAGACUUGUAGAUGUCGAGCUGGGAGAUACAAGGACUGUUGCUGAAGCCCUUAUCAGGACAAAACAGGCUGAAUUGUCUGAUGAAAUAUCCAAUAGAAAUUUAGAGAGAAAGCUCUCAGACAGGAUAUCUCGAAUUACGGAGAUUGAGGAUCUUCAGGGGCCUCGAGACCCUGCAGUUGCACCCCUCAGUAUCAAGGAUCCCAGGGACUACUUUGAUUCUCAACAACCUAAUGCACUAAAAGCACUAGGAGAUACAGGUUCAGGCACAAAAUCAUUUAGAUCCAGAGUGAGCCCACGUGAAGCUUAUGGUUCCUUAAGAGAUAUAGUAUCGGAUAUUAGAGUUAUGGGGCUGAGUGAACCAAUAAUGAAUCAGGAGGUUGCUCUUAAGGUCCUUAAUGGGUUGACUCAGAAUAUCUCUAGCACCAAGCUUCAUCUUGGAAACAAUCCACAUGAGAGUGUCCUUGAUAGGUUGCCAAAAGUUACUAAAGAGGAACUCAUGCAUCACUGGACUUCUGUCCAGGAAUUACUGAAACACUUUUGGUCAUCAUACCCAAUUACAACAAAAUACCUCUAUGCCAAGGUAACCAGAUUGAAAGAUGCAAUGUCCCAAGUUUAUCCAAAGUUACAGGAGAUCAAGGAAUCUGUGCAGUCUGAUUUCAGGCAUCAGGUCUCCCUUCUUGUUCACCCAAUGCUUCAGGCUCUAGAUGCCGCCUUUGCAUACUACGAUGCAGAUGUACAGAAGAGAUCUGGUAAGAGUGGAGAAAGACCAAAUGGGUCUGUGUAGCGGAAGUUCACCUGGCGAUUAUCAAAUGCAUAAAACUGUAUAUUUUACGAAAUUUUGGUAGUGUCUUUUUCUCUGAAAAAAGAAUCUUAAUUCAUUUUUUCUUGCCCAGGUUUUUUAUAUGUACAAUAUAUAUGUGUACCUUUUACCUUGUAUUGAUGAUUCACAUUUCAGUC